AAUGACUAAAAAUCAUGACCUCAACCAUGUUUAAAAGCCGGCUUUUUCCUCCAUAAGUACAUGUAUGCAGAUAUCUCCCACAGGCCACAGCUUAUCAUUUUUGAAUCCCACCAACAGCUGGGAAGGCAUAUUAUGGGAUCAUCCUGCUCCUGUUGUGGCACAGAGAAGGUCAAUAACGGAAUCGCCAGUGGAAGCGGUAACGUCGACGGUACUGGCAGUAGCAAUCCAUGGAGGAUAUUCACGUACAAGGAGUUGAGUUCAGCCACUAAUGGUUUCAGUGAUCAUAACAAGCUUGGUGAAGGAGGGUUUGGUAGUGUUUACUGGGGGAAAACGUCUGAUGGCCUCCAGAUAGCAGUGAAGAAGCUGAAGUCAAUGAGCACAAAAGCAGAGAUGGAAUUUGCAGUGGAAGUAGAAGUACUGGGAAGGGUGAGGCACAAGAACUUGUUGGGCCUGAGGGGAUACUGUGCUGAUGCAGAUCAACGGCUCAUAGUGUACGAUUACAUGCCCAAUCUCAGCUUGGCUUCUCAUCUCCAUGGCCAAUUUGCUCAUGAAGUUCAUCUUGAUUGGGAAAGAAGAAUCAACAUUGCUCUGGGCUCUGCUGAAGGCCUCCUGUACUUGCACCAUGAGGUUACGCCCCACAUUAUUCACAGGGACAUCAAGGCAAGCAAUGUGCUGCUGGAUUCCAACUUCGAGCCACUCGUUGCGGAUUUCGGUUUUGCAAAGAUGAUUCCCGAUGGUGUGAGCCACCUGACAACCCGCGUCAAGGGCACCUUGGGGUACCUAGCCCCAGAAUACGCUAUGUGGGGAAAGGUUUCAGAGAGUUGCGAUGUUUACAGCUACGGAAUUCUUCUCAUGGAGCUUCUCACUGGAAGAAAGCCGAUACAAAAACUUCCCGGUGAAGGCAAGAGGACCAUAACCGAAUGGGCCGAGCCUCUGAUAACCAAAGGGAGGUAUAGGGAACUGGGUGAUCCAAGCCUUCGAGGCAAUUUCGACAAAAACCAAAUGAAACACUUUGUCAAUGUCGCGGCCCUUUGCGUGCAAUACGAGCCCGAUAAGAGGCCCACUAUGAAGGAAGUAGUGGGGCUUUUGAAAGGGUAUGAACCAAAUGGGAUAGUGAACCAAAUGAGAAUGGGAAGUGUCAAAUGUGAGGAUGAAGGUGGUGAUGAGAAUGAGGGUUCUUCUUAUGAUUAGAGUAGUUCUUCUCAUGUGGAAGAUCCUUAUAAGAAAUAUGAAAACAGAAGAAUGUCCAAAUAUGGGUGAUAUAUUAUUUAGUGUCCGUAACACUGCUCGAGUUAUACCGGCUUCAUCUUGAGGUGUUCUUUUGUAAAUAUGCUAGUAAUUAAACUUCAAACGGUACGAAAUUCAAAAGUUUCGGGGCAUUC